AACCUGAUCGUGUUAAGCGUCUACAUACCCCACCCAAGCUCAUUUUCACGUGUGUUUAUUCUGUGGCUUGCUGUAGUAGUUAUAGCGUGCAGUUUCGAAACGCCUCUUCUGGUGUUUAGCAUGAUCCAUCCGUACCAGUUUCCGUCCGAGAACGUAUGUAAAACGUUACGUUUUUUCCACGUUUUUCUAGUUGCGAUAUCAGUGUUUAUUUUCGUUAGUAUUGCGAUGGAAAGGCACCUGGCUAUCUGCAAUUUUGAGGUGGUUGAACUACCAAGGCGAAUGCGUGGCAUGUGUAUAGUGUCUUGUAUUAUGGGAGUUGUAGUUGCCGUCCCGGCUAUAUUUAUUUACGGAAUACGGACUGUGGAAACCGGAGUUCACACUAUCAAAGGGACUGAAUGCUUUGUUGAAGACCACUUUAUACAAACUGAUUCAUUAAGGCCCAAAUAUUUACUUCCCAUUUCAAUCCAAAGUCUUGCUGAUCUCAUUUGCUACAUGAUUGUGUUGUACAUUCGGAUUGGACGUCAGUUACAGUGGCAUCUGAAAUUCACGGGACGCUACUCCACAAGGUCCAAGUUUAACCAGUCAACCAAAUCAACCCAGUCGGUGUCCAUAUACCGACAGUUCGCCGACAUCAAAGAUAGGACCGGAAGUACAUUCAGCCUCCAUAGGCCCGUGGGGAAGGAGGCGUCCACCGCCAUAGGCCGCGUAAAUAGAGCCCUCGAUGAAAUGACCAGCAUGUUUUGUUGGUUGACGGCCGAUUUCGUGCUCUCUUUCAUUCCUCACCUUGCUAUUAUCAUCUACUUAAUAUUUCGGAAUAAUUUUGCGCAGGAUAUGACGUCAUCACAGGCUGUGACGUAUAACAUAUUUUUGAGAUCGUUUGCUGUCAAUAACAUGGCAAAUCCGCUCGUGUAUAUCACGUGUGUACGUGACUUCCGACGAAAUUUUAGGAAUUUAUUCAGUAAUAUUUUCUGUAGCUGCAGGAGAUAA